AUGUCGUCGACCCUUGUUGUCCACCACCUGCGUGUCAGUCAAUCUGAAUCAAUCGUCUGGCUUUGCGAAGAGCUUGGUAUCGAUUACAAGCUAGUAUGCCACGACCGCGACCAGCAGACGCUCCUAGCUCCCGAUGCCUACAAGGGACUCAGUCCUCUCAAAACUGCCCCCGUAAUUGAAGAUGUCGACACUUAUACACCAAACCAUGAUCACAUCCGUCUAGCAGAGUCUCAAGCGUGCAUCGAAUGGAUCUGCAGAAAACAUGGCCAAGGACGCUUAUUGAACAAGCCUUGGGACCCCAACUGGAAGGAGUGGCUGUUCUGCGCCUACCCCAACAUUUUAAGGUACUUGAAAGAGAUUGGAGAGAGACCUGCAUACCAAAAAGCCUUCGAAAAGGGCGAGACGACGCUCAAACCGAUGCUUGAUGCCAACCCCAAGUCUAUCUACAAUUUUUGA